CUCGUGGAGCUGCUGUAAAUGUAGCAAGCCAAGGUGCUGCUGGGGCUAAUGGCAAGAUUGUUGCUGUCAUAGGCGCUGUUGUUGACGUGCAGUUCGAUGAUGACUUGCCACCCAUUUUAAACGCACUGGAGGUAGAAAAUCGUGCUCCACGCCUUGUGUUGGAAGUAGCUCAGCAUUUGGGCGAAAACACUGUGCGUACUAUUGCUAUGGAUGGUACGGAAGGUUUGGUACGUGGACAAAAGGUUCUAGAUACUGGCUACCCGAUCCGUAUCCCUGUUGGCGCUGAGACAUUAGGACGUAUUAUAAACGUCAUUGGUGAACCUAUUGAUGAACGCGGCCCUAUUCCAACUAACAAAACCGCGCCCAUUCACGCUGAAGCUCCUGAGUUCGUCGACAUGUCGGUCGAGCAAGAAAUUUUAGUGACAGGAAUUAAAGUCGUCGAUUUACUAGCUCCCUAUGCAAAAGGUGGUAAGAUUGGCUUGUUUGGCGGCGCUGGAGUCGGAAAGACCGUAUUAAUUAUGGAGUUGAUCAACAAUGUCGCUAAGGCCCAUGGUGGUUACUCAGUAUUCGCUGGUGUUGGAGAACGCACGCGUGAAGGCAAUGAUUUGUACAACGAGAUGAUUGAGUCAGGUGUAAUUUCACUAAAAGACAAAACUUCGAAGGUCGCUUUGGUAUACGGACAGAUGAACGAACCCCCAGGCGCUCGUGCUCGUGUUGCAUUGACUGGAUUGACUGUUGCCGAAUAUUUUCGUGAUCAAGAGGGACAGGAUGUAUUGUUGUUCAUUGACAAUAUUUUUCGUUUCACUCAAGCUGGUUCUGAGGUAUCUGCUUUGUUGGGUCGUAUUCCAUCAGCUGUAGGUUAUCAACCAACGCUAGCUACUGAUAUGGGUUCUAUGCAGGAGCGUAUUACUACCACAAAGAAGGGUUCCAUCACUUCGGUACAAGCUAUUUAUGUGCCCGCUGAUGAUUUGACCGAUCCUGCGCCAGCAACAACCUUUGCUCACUUGGAUGCUACAACAGUAUUGUCACGUGCAAUUGCGGAACUAGGCAUCUAUCCCGCUGUAGAUCCCUUGGAUUCUACUUCGCGUAUCAUGGAUCCGAACAUCAUUGGCCAAGAGCACUACAAUGUAGCACGAGGUGUACAAAAAAUUUUGCAAGAUUACAAGUCAUUGCAAGAUAUCAUCGCUAUUUUGGGUAUGGAUGAGCUAUCUGAAGAAGACAAACUUACAGUUGCCCGGGCCCGCAAGAUCCAGCGUUUCUUGUCACAGCCAUUCCAGGUGGCUGAAGUCUUUACCGGUCACGCUGGAAAAUUGGUUCCACUGGAGGAAACCAUUAAGGGAUUCAAUCAGAUUUUAGCAGGCGAGUAUGAUCAUCUUCCAGAAGUUGCAUUCUAUAUGGUUGGACCAAUUGAAGAGGUUGUCCAAAAGGCCGAACGAUUAGCUAAAGAAGCUUCUUAAAUUGAAAUGUCCAAUUUAUAUAAAGAUGAGAGUAUUUAUUCAUAAUAAUUGUGCAUACGAAUGAUAAAAUACGACUUUAGUCGGCAUCUAUUUAAAUAAAUCGUAUAAUUUCGAGACUUGUA